AACUCAAAUAAAUGACAAACUUGCAUAAAGAUUUUAUUUCCAUUAAAUAACUCAGAUGUAAAGGAAAAAACUUCAUUGUUUUUCUUUUUUUUUUUCCUCAUUAAAUUGUGAUGGAUUGUCAUUCAUUCGGUCUCACUCACACCUUUUAUAAUUCGGCUAUUAAAUUGGUUUUCUCUUUUCUUACUUCAUUUUGAAUGACAAGAAAAUGAAAGAAAAAAGAACAUUCCCAAAAAAAGAAAAAAGCAAUUACGAAAAACACAAAAUCGAAAAUUUUGUGUCUAUUUAGUAUUUAAUGUAUUAAAUUGGUAUUUAGAUAGAGAAAGAGUUGAGUGAUCUGGAAAACUCUUAAAAAGACAGAAUAAUUAGGAGGGAAUAGAUAGAUAAUGAUAAAGAGAUUAAAUAGUUUAUUUUUGUUCAACAAAAAUUAAGAAAAAAUGGCAAAAUUUUACUGGGAAGAUGAAAUUGUCUUCUUUCUUAUUGAAAAAGUGCACAAAACCCCUUUCAUGUGGGACACUGCAAAUGCUUUCUACAAAAAUAGAUUAAAAAAGCAACAAUUUUGGUUUCGAAUUGCUAUAGAAAUUAAUAAAAAAUUCAAUCCAGUCGUUUUACUAAAAUAUAGUGAAUUGGUCAGAAAAUGGAAUAAUCUGAAGUCGUAUUACACAAUUGAACAUCAAAAACUGCUAAAAGCUGAAAAAAAUGGUGCCACUCCUCAAGAAUUGGAAAAUUGGCAAAGCAGUUGGAAAUUCAAAAGUAGUUUGGAUUUUUUGUCAGAUUUUGAAAUUUCAUUUUCUUCAUUAAAUGAGAUUAAUAAACCAAAUUCAGAAGUUUCAUACUGUGAAGAAAUUUCAUCUGAAAGUAGUACACCAGCACUAGUCUUUCCCCAAAACAACUGUAUAGAAGGAAGCCAAAACUCUUUUGAAGGAUUUAUAAAAUCUGAAAGAUGUCCUUCUCCAGCUCCUUCUAACAAUUCACUAUUGGAACCAAUAAAAACAACGCCAACGCCGCCGCCGACAGUUGUCCCAGUAAGAAAUAGUUCACAACCACAACAACAAAGGACUGAAAAUUCUGUAUUUGGAGCCUGCAUUGCUGCAGAAUUAAAUAAUUUAACUCCUGAACUGCAAAUAAUAGCAAAGAAACAAAUAUUUACGAUAAUUAUGGAUCUUCAAGCUCAACAACUUAAUAUGCGAAAGUAAAAAGAAUUAUUAUUUCUAUAUGAAUU